AUGCAUAGCAGGAAAGCUGACAUGGCAUAUUGGCUAAAUUCCCAAAACAUUCAAUUUGACCAAGGAAGCAUGAAGAUCGAACUGCUUGCCUUAAUAGAAAGCAACAAACCCACAAAGAUUUACACUGUGGAUAAACUUCUGGCACAUUAUGGUCAUUCUGUUCUCUGUUUACCUCCUUACCAUCCUGAAAUAAAUCCUAUAGAAAUGGUAUGGGCUACGGUAAAGAACUGUGUGGCUACAAAGAAUGUUACGUUCAAGCUGGAGGAUGUGUGGAAGCUAGCUGAAGAAAAAUUUUUCUACAUUACUGUACACGAAUGGGAGGCAGUUUGCAGACAUGUGGAAGAAACAUAUGCAAAUCAGGAAAAAUUGGCAGAUGAACUGGAAGAAAUGGUUAUUGAGAUACGUGCCAGCGAUACUGAUGACACUAGCGAUGAUUAUGAUGAUGAUGAUUUCCAACCUUUCCAGUCUGAGGACAGUGAAUAA